CGUCCAUAAGGUGAGGUUCCACGACCAACACACACACUUCAAUCUUUUUCACACAAUGGGUUUCCGAAGAUCUUUCUCUUCUUCUUCCUCUCUAAAAUGGCUUGGAUUUGUAACAGCGGUUUGGGUUCAAGCCAUCUCCGGCAACAACUACACUUUCUCCAACUACUCCGGCGCUCUCAAGUCUCUCAUGAACCUUAACCAACUCGAGCUCAAUAACUUAUCAGUUGCUAAAGAUGUCGGCAAAGCUUUCGGAAUUCUCGCUGGUCUCGCUUCUGAUCGUCUUCCAACUUCUGUCAUCCUUCUUAUUGGUUGUUUUGAAGGUCUUCUUGGUUAUGGUGUACAAUGGCUUGUUGUUAGCCGCACCAUUCAACCAAUCUCUUAUUGGCAGAUGUGUAUAUUCCUCUGUAUGGGAGGAAACAGUACAACGUGGAUGAACACGGCGGUUUUAGUGACUUGCAUACGCAACUUCAGGCGCAACCGUGGUCCGGUCUCGGGGAUUUUGAAAGGAUACGUCGGUUUAAGCACUGCUAUAUUCACAGAUCUAUGUACUGCUCUGUUCUCAAACGAUCCGGCGUCGUUUUUGGUUUUACUAGCGGUCGUGCCUUUCGCCGUAUGUCUCACGGCGGUUUUUUUCCUCCGUGAGAUCCCACCGGCUUCUUCCGCUGAAGAGGAGAACGAAGAGACUCGUUACUUCGCGGUGUUCAACAUUGUGGCAGUCGUUGUUGCUGUGUACCUUCAGUCUUACGACAUCAUAGGAAUCAAAACCGGAGUGUUCUCUGUCGCUUUCGCUUCUAUACUUCUCUUCCUAUUAGCUUCUCCAAUAGCUAUACCUUUCCACUCUUUCAUCAAGAGCUUGAACAACGGUGAACAAGGUGAUGACAUAGAAGGACGGAUUCAAGAACCGUUGCUCAGAUCAGAGAUCGCGGCCGCAGCGGCGGAGAAAGAAGUGAUUGUUGUAACUGCUGUAGAGGAAGGGAUGGAGAAGAAGAGACCAGUGUUGGGAGAAGACCACACUAUAAUGGAAGCAAUAAUGACAGUUGACUUUUGGGUGCUAUUCGUGUCCUUCUUGUGUGGUGUAGGAACUGGUUUAGCUGUGAUGAACAAUAUGGGUCAGAUUGGUCUUGCCCUUGGCUAUACAAAUGUUUCAAUAUUUGUCUCCAUGACUAGUAUUUGGGGUUUCUUCGGCCGCAUUCUCUCCGGUACUCUCUCCGAAUACUUUCUCAAGAAAGCUGGAACACCAAGACCACUGUGGAACGCAGCUUCUCAAAUCCUUAUGGCCGUUGGAUAUAUACUAAUGGCGUUAGCCGUGCCUAACUCACUCUACAUCGGUUCAAUGGUGGUUGGAGUUUGUUACGGUGUUCGUCUAGCCAUAACAGUCCCAACAGCAUCUGAACUCUUUGGUCUCAAAUACUACGGUCUCAUCUACAACAUCUUAGUACUUAACUUGCCACUUGGCUCGUUCCUCUUCUCGGGUCUCCUUGCUGGCUUCCUCUACGAUGCAGAGGCCACACCAACUCCAGGUGGAGGGAACACGUGCGUUGGAGCUCAUUGUUACCGUCUCAUAUUCAUAGUCAUGGCAUUAGCUUCUGUUGUCGGAGUCGGUUUGGAUCUUGUGUUGGCGUAUAGGACGAAGGAGAUUUACGCUAAGAUUCACGCUAGCAAAAAGUCCAAGAAUAAAUCUGGUGGUAGCCUUAGUUAAGAAAUUGUAAAUCUAGUUCUGACGCACUUGAUUGUUCGUAACGUUUCAGAUGCUGAUUCUUUUAGACAUGAUACAAUAUCGAAUUCAAGAUAUUGUUGAAUUAAGAUUUCAAGUACCAGUGAUCAUUGUUGCAGGAGCACCGCCAAUGUAUUUUAUUUGAAGAUUUUGUUCAGAAUUAAUUAUAUAUAAAUGUUAUUAGACAUUUUGAUGUUA